AUGGAUUAUAUCAAAACAUCAUCGGAUGAUACUCGGAUAUUUUUCAUUUCAUCAUCUUCGGAUACUGAAACAAUAUUAAAAGAAGUUUCGCCUUUAUCGAAAGUAAUUGCAAUUUAUCUAUUUGAUAAUCUUAAACAAAUCACAAUAACUCCAAAAGAGUCAAUAGCAAAAGUACACGACCCAUAUUCUGAUUUGCAAAGCUUGUCAAAUCAACUGUCGCAAGAAUACAAACGUUACAAAUCUGAUUCGCAGAUGUCAGUCAGUAUUUUCUCUCGUGAAAAGAAUGAAAAGACCGUUCGGGAUUUGAAUAAAGAGAAUAGUCGAUUUCUCUGGUUACAACUGUUAGUUGAUAUUCUGAUUAAAAUACCAUACAAUGAUCAGACAAAAGAUGAAAUGCUUCACGAAUGUAAAAUAGCUUACAAGGAUGAUAAACCUGCGCAGAAAGCUAUAGAGGAAUUCGAUAAAAAUUACAAAUCUUCUGAAGCUCUAUUAGUUUAUACACAGGACUCAUUUCUAUAUCGUCUAUUCAAUCAAGCACUUCGAACCGAAAAUAUCGAUUUUUUAUUUAUAUUUCGAUUUUUCUUAGCCGAUAUGUAUAAUCAAUUACAACAAUUACAUUCAGAACAAUUUUCUAUUAAUCCAAAAUAUACUGGGAAAACGUUUAUUCUUUACCGCGGGCAAAAUAUGAAACUUUCAGAAUUUAGUCAUAUCAAGGAUAACGUUGGUGGCUUAUUAUCAGUGAAUACAUUUUUCUCAACAACCGAAGAUUUCCAAAUUGCAAUGCUUUAUUCUGGUUUUGAUGACAAAGAUCGACCACCUGAAUUAAUAUCAGUUAUAUUUGAAAUUGAGAUUGAUCUAAUUCAUCCUGUAACUAAAAAGCCAUUUGCUUCGAUCGCACAUUUGAGUAAAAUCCCCCACGAACGCGAAGUACUUUUCUCUGUUGGUUCGAUUUUUCGCAUUUUUAAUGCUGAAUAUAUAGGAACAAGCGAAGGAUAUUGGCAUGUAAAAAUGAAAUUAGUAGACAAUGACGAUGAUCUCAAUGAACUACGAAAUGAACUUGAAAGUCAAUAUUGUCAUAACAGUCAUAUGUGCAACUUGGGAAGUGCUUUAAUAGCAAUGGGUGAUUAUAAAAGAGCGGAACGAUAUUUUCGUAUGCUACUUGAAUAUUUAUCUGAACGUCAUUCAUCGAUUGGUCCCAUAUACGGAUCUCUGGGUUUGAUUUGUUCAAAGAAAGGAAAUUAUCAAGAGGCAUUGGAAUCUUAUGAACAAGCAUUGAAAUAUUUAACAAGAAUUAAAAUUAAUGAUGAACGAGAAAAUAUUAGCCAAAUAUAUGCUCAUAUCGCCACGGCUUAUCAUGGUCUUGGCAAGCCCGAUCUGGCAUUGAAAUAUUUGUCUAUGGCAACAGAUACAGAUUCAUCACCAGAUUCGCUUUCAUAUAUAUAUAAUCAAACUGCUAUGACAUACAGAGACCAAGGUGACUAUUGUGCAGCACUGGAAUACUUUCAAAAAACGCUCCAUAUUGAAGAAGAAAUUUUAAAAAGGUCUAAUUACCAUCCACUGUUAGCCACUAUGUAUAAUAAUAUCGGUGAAAUAUAUAUACGUUUAGGUGAUGAUGAAAAUAGUUUUAAACAUUUACAACGUGCAUUGGAUAUCCGACUCAAAGGGACAGUUUCCACGCAUACAGAUCUUGCUGCUAUUUAUAAUAAUUUGGGACUAAUUUAUUCACGGAAAAAUGAACUUAAAAAGGCAUUAGAAAUGUUUGAAAAGGCGCUAGAAAUAGAUACUCAAACAUUCGACGGCAAUCAUGAAUCAUUGGCACUAUCACAUAACAAUAUUGCAACCAUCUAUCAGCAGGCUGCGAAUUUAUCGAAAGCUUUAUAUCAUGCAGAAACAGGUUUAAGGAUAUUUCACCGCUCACAAGCCAGAGACAACGCUUCACUUCUUGUUCCGCAUCAAUGUAACCUGGCAAGUAUUCAAUAUGAGUUAGGCAACAAUAGCAAAGCAUUAAAUAUGGCACAAAAAGCAUUAAAAAAUCAACUAGGAUAUUUACCUGAGAGUCACGAAUCUAUUUCAGAAACAUAUCAUUUAUUGUCAAAAAUAUGCAUUCAAAAAGGUGAUCUUCCAAAUGCUUUAGAAUAUUUAGAAAAAUCGGUCGACAUUGCUCGAAUUUCGAUAUUACCCAAAAAUAAAUUCAAAUUUGAAGGUCUCGAAUUAGAAUUGGAACUGUUAAAGAAAAAUGGUUUCAACAGUGGGAGAACACUGUCGCACAUGCAAUGUGCACCCGAUCAACCCGAUUUGCAAGAUCGUUGUAUACGACAAAGCAUUGAAAAACUUGAAUUGACUUCAACAGAUAAUAUUCUGGAACGUAUUAACUCACUGAAUACUCUCAUAUCGGUCAACUCUAGACAAGGAAAUUUUCAGAUGGCAAUGAAGUAUUUUGAAGACGCUACUUUACUGUACGCUCAAAAUCGAUCAUCUGAUAUGUUGCUUCAACGAAAAGUCGAAGAAUCGAUGGUAAGUAUAUUUUUUAGCGGAAGUCGAGUAUAUUAUCGGCAAAAUAAUUGGACAAUGUCUUUGGAAAUAUUGAAAAAAUCACUCGAUUUUGCUUUAAAACAAGAACAAAAUUCUUUAUUACCGGAAAUUUAUAAUGCUAUGGGAUUGAGUUUUGCACAUCAAUUCGAUAACUGCAUGGCGAUACACUAUUUCGAAUUGGCUGUGAAUACUGCUAAAAAGACUUUGCCCGAUGAUCAUCCAAAUCUUCAACGUUAUCGCUAUCAAUUGCAACAAUUAAAACCUUAA